AUGGCCGCGUCUGUGGGUCCUCCCAUCAUCAUACCAUUCAUGCUGUUUGGAGGUUUCUUCCUCAACUCAGGAUCUGUACCGCCAUACCUCGGAUGGAUAUCCUAUCUAUCUUGGUUCCGGUACGGCAACGAGGCGCUACUUGUCAACCAAUGGGCUGGUGUAGAGAGCAUCGCCUGCACUCGGGAGAACUUCACCUGUCCGGCAUCAGGAAAAGUUGUUCUGGACACUCUGAGUUUCUCUGAGGAUGACUUCAACAUGGAUGUAGUGAAUAUGGUGCUGCUCUUCAUAGGGUUCCGAUUCCUUGCGUACUUAGCACUCUUGUGGCGCACGCGCAGAGGGAAAUAA